AUGUGGCUUUUUCCAUUUCUUUUGUUUUGCUCCGUGCAAGCAGCUCUUCCAAAUUAUCCGGAUUGUGAAGCAAAACCGGCUUUGCAGGAUUCGAUUGGGAAAAAAAAAUUUGUGAUUGAUGAUUACCGCAACGCAAAGAUAGCGGCGGAAGCGGAAAAACUAUCCGGACAGGAAUUAGUUGAUUACGUUAACUCACAUCAAACUUUGUGGAAGGCUGAAAUAAAUAAAUUUAAUUCAUAUGAAGAUCACGUUAAAUAUGGUUUGCUUGGAGUAAAAAAAUCAAAAUUACCAGCCGACAACAAGGUGUAUUCAUCACCAGCACAAUACGUCAACGCUUGCAUACCGAAAUCAUUUGAUGCCCGAGAAGCUUGGCCAGAAUGCAUAUUAUCAAUAGGCAACAUUCGAGAUCAAUCUGCAUGCGGCAAGUUGCAAUGA